AUGCCGUUUGAACGAAUCUUUUUGCAGACUUUCACAGCCGGCAAGAAAGGUGGUUCAUCCGGUCAGGGUACAUCACGCAGUUCGGGUGAUUUACAGCAAGCAGAUCAGCCAUCAACAUCGAAGCAAAGUAGCUCAUCAAAUGUCAGUGCGCAUUCACUUUCACUCGAAGAGAAAGUGGAGAGAGCCAAGAGACUGCUAGAGGAGAAAAAGAAAGCAGAAGAAGAAGCUGCGAAGUUGCGUGAGAAGGAACGCGAGCUCGAAAGGAUCAACGAGGGAAAACUGGCGCAGGAAGCGCAGAAGAAGCGAGAGGAGCAGGCGAUUAUUGAUGCUGCAGCCCAGCGACGUCGUGAUAAAAUUGAAGCCGAAAAGGAACGUCAAAGGCUGAUAGCGCAGAUCAAGGCUGAUAGAGAAGAGCGCGAGUACAGAGAGAGACUUGCAAGACAUGCGGAUACUGCAUCAGCUGGCGACAUGCCAGCUCAACCACCACCACCUCCCAAGAUGGAGCCCAUUCCUAGUGACAGGUGUCGCGUGCAAGUUCGCCUCCCCGAAGGCGACAACAUUGUAGAAGAGUUCUCUUCUAGCGAUUGUCUGAACACCCUCAUGGAGCUCAUCAGACAGGAUGGACGUGUCAGAGGCGCGUUCUCGCUGGCACAAGUUUAUCCUAGAAAGGUUUUUACUGAAGAAGAGUUGCAGAAAUCAUAUUUGGAAUUGUGUCUUACUCCCUCUUGUACACUUCUUGUAAUCCAGAAGCAUCCCAAGACAUCCAACAUCAUCGCCGCUAGUCCACUUGGAGGUGUAUACUCCUUAAUAUCUAUGUUGUUGAUCGCUCCACUGCAAUAUAUUUAUGGCAUCGUUGCAGGAUGGUUUGGAUGGAAUUCAGGUUCUGGUUCGUCAUCAUCAUCUAAUCAAGCGCAUCAAGAACCUAAAAGGCAACGAGAACCUCAUGAACCUCAUGGUGCAACUGUUCGUAGGGUUAGUUGCUUUUGAUG